AUGAGCCAGUACCGUUGGUUAUGUGUAAGCUUAGCCUCAGAGAUCUCAACGGCUGCAACCAGAUUAGGUUUUGGUCGCAACGGUUUUAUCUUGACCAUCCUUGUCAAAAUCACUUACGAGAGUGUCGUGGUUAUAUCUGAAGCGAGGGCUAUGCUAUUGAGGAUGGUUUUACUAGGGAGGGUAGGUCAAGAGGAACUGAAGAGUUUGAAGGUGGAAACAGAACCGUGUUCGAUUUGUCUCGAAGAUCUCUCUGGUGUCUCCACACGCAUGACUUGUUCUCAUGUCUCUUAG